AUGAGCGCGGCAGGAGGAUCCUCGGCCGUUUGGCGCGACGCGGUCGCCGCCUCGACGCUCGGCAGCGGAAAUCUUCGCGACGUUGUCCGGUUGCCCUGCGGCGAAGACAAGAACGAGUGGCUGGCCGUGAACAGUUGGUUUCUCCGACCAGAACCCAGAAAGGGAGUCACUUCCAGUAAUGGACUUGAUGAAGCAGGUGCGGAUGCUGUACGGCGUCGUGUUCGGAGCCGAGGGCGGCUGCAACGAGAAGACGUGUCCGGUGAUGUCGGCACGCGGCAAGGAGUACUUCUGGACCCAGGGCGACUUACUGUUCGUUGUGGCUCUUUUUCAGUCCUUGUAUUAAAACUGAAAGGAUUCCUCUUUUUAGCGAAUAUUUUGAAUAAUUACCUAAGCUACUAAAACAAUUUGUCAUUCUUGGAAUAAUUUCUGACUAGUACACAUAAUUGAUUUAAAACUGAAAUUUGUGAGGAUCUUUGAAUUAUUCGAAAAAUUCUAAAAAUAAUUUUGAGUUUAUAUAUGUCAUGAGCUUUUUCUUGUUUUCUAAGAAUAGUUAGAAUACGUUUUUAUUGGAUGACACCCGCAAAAUGCGCGAGAAGCUUUGUAUUUAUAAGGCCGUUUUCAGUGAUUUUGUGAAAAUUAAAGUAGUAAAGGUACUAUAAGUAUUGCAUCUUUCGUGGAUAAUUUAGUCAAUUUCGUGUCCAAAGGGCUUUUGCGAAAUCAAAAAGAGCCGUCAGAAAGUGAAAAAGAUAUCUAUGUUUUGGAGAGUCGAAGGUAUUUUUGCAUUCCGCAGAAGUUACUUUUAACUUGUUCGAUUUCUCGGAAACGUGCUUUAUAUUUUUCAUUUGGCGCUGGGUCUUCCGAAUCCUGAUAAUCCGGCCUGAAUUCUGACAAAGGCUUUUCAUGAGCUUAUAAAUUCGCAUUAGUAAGAAGCUUCAUGACGAGGUCUAUGAGAUUAAGGACUUUUGUUGAAAGAGAGCUGCAGAUACUUUAUCUAUUUAUUUUUUUUUCUCUAUUCCGUGCUCGAAAUAUCACCUUAAUCUCCACUUUCAUUCCAGGUUGUCGACCCCCGCGCCUACGUACAUCGAUUACGCCUUGACGUGGUGCCAGCUUCAGUUGGAAGACGAAAACAUUUUUCCUUCUCAUAUUGGUACGUUUUUUCAUCCGAUGUUUGAUAGUUUAACUUUUUUUUUUCUAGUUGCAGAUAAGUUCAAUUCUUUUUUUUUCGCUUCAUAACAAAAAUAAUUUUUUGACAAGAGGAAAAAUUCUUUCAAAAUUGAUAUUCCGUUCGAAAAUUUUUGUGGAUUAUCUUACCUCAUUAUAUUCGACUUCCUUUACCUUCGAGUUUCUAGUUCCAUUGCUAAUAUUUUCUGUCAGUAUUUUCCAGAUGAGAUAUCUUUAUAUUUUUUCCAUCCUAAAACUUCACGUUUGUACGUUUGAGAACCUGGAAAAGCUGAAAUCUUUGAAAAAAAUUCAGAAGUUUUUCAUUCACCUGUAAUUAUCCUUUGAGAAAUUUUCGCACUUACUGCAUUAUUUUUUCUUCCGAAAAAGGUUCUACGCUAAAAUCCUUCUACUAUUCUCAAUCAAUGGCCAUAACUCAUUUUUCUCGUGCUUUUCUUGUUUUUUUUUUCCAUCUGACGUGAGUAUGUUCUGAAAAUGAACGAUCUUCAUUAAAGCCGAAAUCUUGCAGGCAAAGGAUUCCCGCCGCACUACGACCAAGUCUGCGAGACGAUAAUGCGAAGACUUUUCCGUGUCUACGCGCACGUCUACCACGCUCACACGAACGUCUUCCGCUCGUUGAAGGCCAUCGCCCAUCUGAACACCUCCUUCAAGCAGUUCAUCCUGUUCGCCUCUCAGUUCCAGCUCAUUCCUCGCGAGGAGCUCCAGCCGCUCAUGCCGCUCAUCGAGGAGCUCGUCGGUUCCCAGUUGGCCAGCUGA